AUGGCACCCAGGGUAGAGGCCAGCGUCAUAGCCGAGCUCGCUGCCCAGGCAUUCCAAGACCCCCAGUUGCCGCGGGAUAACCCAACAGUCUCGUUUUGGCAAAUGCCUCCCCACCCAUCCCUCUCCGAAGUACAGUCGGCGAGUCUGCCCUCCACAACAGACUACGCCAUCAUCGGCUCAGGCGUAACCGGCUGCAGCGUAGCAAAGCAUCUGCUGGACAACUCGCCGUCAGACACCUUUUCCGUCACCGUGUUCGAGGCACGCGCUCUUACAAGCGGCGCAACCGGCAGAAACGGAGGCCUUCUCACCUCCUUCGUCCCAACCGACUACAAGCUGCUCAGCGAGCACUUUGGCCACGAGCAGGCCACAAAGAUUGCCCGCUACGCCAACCGAACGCUCGAAAAGAUGCACCAGCUCGCCAACUCGUCUCCAGAAUUCAAAGACGCCAGCGACAUCAGAAGAACACUAGACGUGCUCUUGUUCGAGGACGAAGCAUCCCGGGAGGCAUUCAAAGAGUCGUGGGCGCUCUACGGGGAGCAUGUGCCCGAAGACAAGGGCAAGAUUCAGUUCCUGACGACCGACGAGGCUGAAGCGAAAUACGACGUCAAGGCCAAGGCCGGCGCCUUGCUGUACCCCAACGGGGCACUCUGGCCAUAUCGACUCAUCACACGGGUCUGGGGCCAGAUCCUCGACCAGUACAAGGCUCGCGUGUCUGUCGAGACCAGGACGCCCGUCACGGAAAUCACCUACGACAAGGCCUCGCAUUCUGCGCAUCCCUACAUCCUACACACCCCGAGGGGAAACGUGCGCGCUAAGAAAAUUGUUCACGCAACCAAUGGCCAUACCGGCCACCUCCUGCCCGAACUGCGUGGCAAGAUCUACCCGCUCCGUGGGACCAUGUCGACGCAAAAGUCGACUGCUGCGUUUGGCAAACGCGGUCAUGAAGUGACCUGGACUGUUUUGGGGGGAAGCAGCUACGACCCCGAGACGCAGAUUGUCAACGUUGGCCUCUUGUACUCGAACCAGAAUCCACGGACGGGGGAUAUUUUCAUUGGCGGUGAAAAGGCCAAUAUCCGGGAGUUACUCAUCAGUGACGAUUCGCAAAUCGAUGCCUCGUGUGUUGAGAAUCUGUCUUCCGUUCUGCCUGCGAUAUUCACAAAGGGCUGGGAAAACGGGGAGAAGCCCGAAGUUCGCAAGAUUUGGUCGGGAAUCAUGGGAUUCACCGCGGACCGCCUCCCGAUUAUUGGACCCCUGCCGCUUGAGUUUACGAAAAGAGGCGAGCAGGGCGGCGAGUGGAUCGCUGCUGGGUUUAAUGGGUACGGCAUGCCGCUUUGCUGGUCUUGUGGCGAGGCCGUGGCCAAGAUGCUGCUUGGUAUUGAUGUGGGCGACUUUUUGCCCGAGGUGUUUGCUGCUUCGAGUGAGCGGCUGGGUGAUGACGUGAGGAUGAGCCCGCGUGCUGCGUUGGAUUUGUUCUUCGGUGGGCACGUUUAG